AUGCAGAACGUCAAGACUAGGCUUCUAGAUGAGUGCACUAGAGACGGGUCAUUGGAUUGGCAUGGGAAACCGGCCGUGAAGAGAAAAACCGGAGGAUGGAAAUCCGGAACUCGAACUUAUGAUUUUGUGUUGGUUGAUGCAGUGAAUGAAGGAUUAGCAACACUUGCAUUCACAGGAGUGGAAGUGAAUAUGGUUUUGUUUUCAAAGUCUGUUUUGAGGCAAUCAAAUGCAGAAUCAGCCAACAUGUUUAGCAAUUGGAUGGGGAGUGUUUACUUGUUCUCUCUUUUGGGUGCUUUCUUGAGUGACUCCUAUUUGGGAAGAUACCUCACUUGUGUCAUUUUUCAAGUUGUAUUGACCAUUGGUUUGGUUGCAUUAUCACUGACAACUCAAGCAUUUAUGUUACAACCCAAAGGUUGUGGUAGAAUAGGAGAAUUGUGCAAUGCUCAUUCACCACUUGAAAUUGCAAUCUUCUAUGUAUCAAUCUACUUGAUUGCCCUAGGAAAUGGUGGUGCCGAGCCUGCACUUGCUACAUUUGGGGCUGAUCAGUUUGAUGAAGAAGAUCCUCAAGAAAAACAAGCGAAAACCACCUUCUUGAGCUACUUCUAUGUUGCCUUAAAUCUCGGAUCUUUGAUCUCAGAGACGCUAUUAGUUUAUAUUGAAACCAUGGGACUAUAUGUGGUGGCAUUCUGGAUAUCGACUCUAUGCAGUUUUAUUGCAUUGAUGUCGUUAGUGAGUGGGAGCUUCAGAUACCGGCAAUUCAAGCCUUCUGGUAAUCCUAUAUCUAGAUUCUCUCAAGUUAUUGUGGCUUCUGUGAAGAAGAUUAAGCUUCAGGUGCCUUCUAAUGGAGAUGGUCUCUAUGAAGAUUAUUCAAGAGAUGAAGGAGGAACAAGGAGGAUAAUUCACACAAACGACUUCAAGUUUCUUGAUCGUGCAUCUAUCAUGACCCCAGAUGAUGGCCAAAAUCCACAUCCGUGGCGAUUAUGUACGGUCACUCAAGUUGAAGAAGUAAAAUGUGUACUAAGACUGCUCCCUAUAUGGUUAUGUACCAUAUUAUCAUCCGUUGUAUUCAUUCAGAUGAUUUCGCUUUUUGUGGAGCAAGGUGCUGCUAUGGACAGAGGAAUCUCAAACUUCCACAUCCCACCAGCAAGCAUGACUAUUUUUGACAUAAUAAGCACAUCGGCAUUCAUUAUUUGCUACGACAAGCUCAUUCUCCCUCUAUAUGUCAAAAUAACAAAGAAAAAACCAAACCCUCCUAGCGAGCUACAAAGAAUGGGGAUCGGGCUUGCUAUAGCGACAGUGGCAAUAAUCACAGCAGGUGUAGUGGAACAUCAUAGGCUAAAAUAUGCAAGCAAAGGCCCAAAAGAGACGAGCUCUUUGAGUAUAUUCUGGCAAACCCCACAAUAUGUGUUGGUGGGAAUAGCCGAAGCUUUUACUUAUGUGGCUCAAUGGGAAUUCUUUGCAGCACAAGUUCCGGAUAAGUUGAAGAGUAUUGGGCUUGGAUUGUCUAUGUGUUCUUCGGCAAUGGGGAGUUAUACUAGCAGCAUUAUAUUGUCAGUGGUAAUGAAGAUUACCUCAAAAGAUGGGAAGCCCGGGUGGGUCCCAGCGAACUUGAAUGACGGGCAUCUGGAUAGGUUUUUCUACCUUUGUGCAGCGUUGACUGCGAUCAAUCUUGUGUUGUUUGUUUCCUGCGCUAAGAGGUAUAAGAAUAUAGUGGUAGAGAGAAGAGAUGAAGCACGGGAAAUUAAUUAAAUGACACAAUGAAGCUAAUGGCCAUGAUUCCAGCUGAAAUAAGAAACAAAGAGAUAGAAAUAUAACAACCUAAAUUAUAUCUUUGAUCAAAUUUAACUUCUAACAUUAACCCAUAUAAUAUGUGCAGUGAAGUGAUCGAUUCAGAAUCCCCUUAACGGCCCUGGUGCACCAAGAUUUCUUGGCUUUCCGAGGGUUGAGGAGGAAAAAC